AUGGAUUCUUCUUCAUCGUCCUCUUCCUCUUCUUCAUAUGGUGUUGCUCAUGUUAACCAUAUCUCAAAUCCUUGUAUCUUUGGGGAAUCUGGCUCAUCAUCUUCUUCAACAUACAGAGAUAAGAAAUGGAACUUGAUGAAAUGGGUGAGUAAGCUUUUCAAGAGUGGCUCUAAUGGUGGUAGUGCUGGUGGUGGUGCUCGCACUAAUCAUCAUCCUCCUCAAUUCCAAGAGGACGAGAAUAUGGUCUUUCCUCUACAUCCUUCCUCUUUGGACGAUCGUUCGAGAGGUGCAAGGGACAAAGAAGAACUCGAUCGUGCAAUGUCACUUUCUUUAGCUGACGAUACGAGGCGACCACAUGGGUAUGGUUGGUCUAUGGAUAACAAUUCGGAUUUUCCAAGGCCUUUUCACGGUGGAUUCAAUCCACCAUCUUUCAUUCCACCUUAUGAACCUCCUUAUCAAUUCAGACGAAGACAAAGCAGAAUAUGUGGCGGUUGUAAUCGUGAUAUCGGAAUGGGCAAUUACCUAGGAUGCAUGGGAACAUUCUUUCAUCCUGAAUGCUUCUGUUGCCAUUCAUGUCGUUACCCUAUCACCGAGCAUGAGUUCUCUCUGUCAGGAACCAAACCAUAUCAUAAGAUUUGCUUCAAAGAGCUUACUCAUCCUAAAUGCGAAGUUUGUCACCAUUUUAUCCCAACUAAUGAUGCUGGAUUGAUCGAGUAUCGAUGCCAUCCGUUUUGGAAUCAAAAGUAUUGUCCAUCUCAUGAGUACGAUAAAACGGCUCGUUGUUGUAGCUGUGAGCGUUUGGAGUCAUGGGACGUGAGAUAUUACACGUUAGAAGAUGGGAGAAGUUUAUGUUUAGAAUGCAUGGAAACUGCGAUAACCGACACUGGAGAUUGUCAACCUCUUUACCACUCUAUACGAGACUAUUAUGAAGGAAUGUACAUGAAACUUGAGCAACAGAUUCCUAUGCUUCUUGUUCAACGAGAAGCUCUCAAUGAUGCUAUAGUCGGAGAGAAAAACGGAUACCAUCACAUGCCAGAGACAAGGGGUUUAUGUUUAUCUGAAGAACAGACCGUCACAAGUGUUCUUAAAAGACCGAGACUUGGUGCUCACCGUCUUGUUGGCAUGAGAACUCAGCCAAGAAAGCUUACAAGAAAAUGUGAAGUCACUGCGAUCCUAGUUCUUUACGGCCUCCCAAGAUUACUCACUGGAGCCAUUCUCGCACACGAGCUGAUGCAUGGAUGGCUAAGGCUCAAUGGGUAUAGGAACCUUAACUCUGAGGUAGAGGAAGGCAUCUGCCAAGUCCUCUCAUACAUGUGGCUUGAAUCUGAAGUUAUCUCAGAUCCUCAUUCAAGAAACGUGCCCUCAACGUCAUCAUCAGGCGGCACUUCAUCAUUUUCUAACAAGAAAGGAGGGAAAUCAAACGUGGAGAAGAAGCUUGGAGAGUUCUUUAAACAUCAGAUAGCACAUGAUGCGUCUCCAGCUUAUGGAGGAGGUUUCAGAGCAGCAAACGCAGCGGUUUGCAAGUACGGUCUGCAUCGUACACUCGAUCAUAUCCGCUACACUGGAACUUUUCCUUUGUAA